AUGAUCAUCCUAUCAAAGGCACUGCACUUCCUGUCAUCCCAGAAUGAGCGAAACGUAAAGGUACAUCGUAUGAAAAUUCCAGACAUAAUCAAGCUGCUCAACAGACAUAAGGAAAUAAAGCAAGAUGACCUGGACAACAUAAACAUACAAAUCAUUAACACCCUAAAUGAUAUCAACCCGAGCAAAAUUAUAAACAACAUAGUAAAUAAUAAUGUGAGAAAAAAGGACGAUUUAAAAUCGUUAAAAAAAAAAAUUUAUUUCAACCAUUUGUUACUCAAAACAGGGCUCGAAAGGGGAAACCUCUUCAAGGCGUACGAAUGUAAGGAAGAGACAAGCGGAAGUACCAACUCACAAAAUGAGGCCACAGCGAAAGAUAGUGAGGUUGGGCAGGUUGGCCAGGUUGGCCAGGUUAGCGGUGUGCACAAAAAUAUAUAUGGAAGGAAUAGGAGGAGGGUGAAAAUGAUCAAAGGAUCCCAAAGCAGCGACAGUGAAAAAAACACUCAAGGUAAUGAAAAAGGAGAGUUGAACAUGGAGGUGCUUUGCGAUGUGCCCAAUGGAGAACACCAAAGGGGAAGAGAAAAAUUUACCUCCUUCGAAUUAGCAAAUAAUUACUCCAACUUCAUCCUGGAUAAUAUUUUGAGACAUGUCUGCUCGUACAUUUACAACUACAAAAUAUUAAACAAAAUAAAUCAGGAGGAGAAUAAGGGGCACGAACUCGUUUCGCUCUUCUUAAUGUCCAGCAUAUUUCACAACUUCUUUGAAUUAAAAUUUGGGUAUUCCUACAUAGUGCAUUUUCUCAAUGGGCUAAAGUUAUACAAAAUUAAGGGAAAUAUAAAUGUCGAUCAUCUGGUCUUCGACUUGAUUGACGGGUAUGUUGCUGAUGUAGAACACAGGGGAGAUAUGCUCUCCGAGGGAGAAGCAGACCCCGUUUUGGAAAAGGUUUACGACGUGUCCUUCGUUAUAGACUACCUGAGUAGGAAUGCAAACAGAAGCAGUCACCAAAUAGCCCAGGGGCACAAUUUCUGCUUGCACACAUUUGAGGAUGCGAAAAAAAGGCAAACAUAUGUAUUGAACAUGAAAGAUAAAAUAUUACUAAGUUACAGCGCACAGGAGUCUUAUUUAAACCACUUUUUACAAAUUUUGCAAAAUAAGUACAAUACUGAAAGGAUGAGUUUUUCAAGUUACUGUCUUUUGAUCCAUAUGUAUAGCAUGUCCAAUCAUUUCGUAGUGAACAUGUUUUCCUCUCUUCCCUUGUCAUUUCUGAAGAAUAAAAUGGACACAAAUAUGAGCAAUUUAAUCAUUUUAUUAAAUUCGUGCAUUUUUUUCUUAAGAGGAAAGUCAUUUUUAAAUACGCUGAACGCGUUUCACGUUCACGUAGUAUCAGAAGGUGAGGGAAAAUUAAUUGAGGACAACGAUUACAUGCAGAACGAUUAUGUGCAGAACGAUUACCUGCACAACGUGAAGGAAAAAAUAUACGCGUUGACAGAGCAGCUAAUAAAUUACAUCUUUCAGAACAAAGGAACACUCAAUAAUAAUCAUUUGUUGCAAUUAUUUGAGAUUCUAUCAUUUGUAAAAUAUAACAAAUCGCUCUUCAGUUACAUUUUUAACAAAAUGAACGAAAGUCUUUGCUUGCUGGACAAAUAUCAAAUUUUUUAUUUUUUAAAUUCUCUGUCAAAUUACGACAUUGUGUGCAAAGGCGCAAAAAGGGAUAUUUCCAUACACACGUAUAAACAACUGCAAGAGUAUUCACCUAAGGAGAGGCAGCGUUUGGAGGGAUACCUCCGUGCGCACCAUUAG